AUGCCUAUCUUCAAUUGGGUGGCUCAAAGAUUCAAUCUUCUGCACAACUGUACAGGUGAUUGCUUAAUUUUACGUAGUUAUUCAUCAUCACUGUUAAAGACCUAUAAAUACGGUAAAUCCAUGUCUGAAAAGGAUAUCCAACGUCAGUUGCAAAAAAUACGACGGGAGAAAAUUGCCAGGCUUGAUAAACAUGCUCCAAGCACUGUGACUCUCCAGGUACUGGGCAGUGGGGUUCCUGGAGCACCGGCUGCUUUAUAUGUCUCGACAGAUCAUUCAAAAUAUCUAUUCAAUUGCGGCGAAGGUACCCAAAGACUUGCUCACGAACAUCAUUUGAGGUUAUCAAAAUUGGAACAUGUGUUCUUCACGACGCCAACCUGGAAAAAUAUGGGAGGAUUGCCAGGUAUGUCUCUCACCAUUCAAGACGCUGGAGUACCACAUAUUACCCUUCACGGACCGAAGGGAGUUGUGGAUAUUUUUGAUGCUGUCAAAAGAUUUGCUUUCCUAGCACAUUUAACUGUAUCUGAGGCCGAGUGUGAGAAAGACAAUGUAUAUGAUGAUUCUUGUAUGACAAUUCGUUAUGUUCCUUUGACGAAGGACACUCCUACUGAUUCUGAAAGUGAUUCAGAUGAACCAGCACUUGUUUUCGAUGACACUGAUUACUAUGCUCACGAAUUUAAUGUAAAUGGAAAGAGAGGAGUCAAACAGUAUCGUCCCAAUACAUUCUCGAAAAUGACAUCUAGUUUACGAAAAAUUAGAGGUUGCAUUGCCUACAUAUGUAAAUUACACCCCAAGGCAGGGAAAUUAAGUCUUGAAAAGUGUGUGGAGAGGGGGGUAACUCCUGGACCAAUUUUGGGUGACUUGAAAGCUGGAAAGGAUGUGACACUACCGGAUGGAACUGUGAUCAAGAGUGCUGAUGUUUGUGAGCCAGAAAUCCCAGGUCCAGCUUUUAUAGUAUUGGAGUGCCCAGAUGAACAUUAUGUGGAGUCUCUCGUAUCUAAUCCAGUCUUCAGAGAAUAUCAACAUGAAGGAAAGGAUCAGGACAAAUGGGCAAGCUAUGUUGUUCAUUUUACACCAGAAGAAGUUUUAAAAACGAAUAGAUACCGCGAAUGGAUGGAAAAAUUUCCAACGACAACGCAACACGUGAUUAUCAAUGAAGAUAAUAAUUCUUACUGUUUCGAAGCACUUCAUAGAAUGCAGAAUCAACUUCAUUUAGUUCAUCCAACAAUUUUUCCAAUUAUUCCGGAUACGGUUGAUAAUAAUAGGACGGACGAAAUGCAAAAAGAAAAGUUGAAUAUCCACAGAGCGAAAACUCUGGAUGCAGUCCAUCUGCGACCACUACAAGGCCUAGAUAAAACCGCAGAGAUAAAAAUCAACGGGAAGGACGAUAUUGAUGAGGCUUUCAAUAUAGAUGGAUUUCUCGAUGAAUUAGCACAACUUCAGACUGACAUUAAUGCAAAAUCAAAAGUGCUGAAAGAUCUACCGGAAUAUCCUAAGUUAGUAGUGCUUGGUACUGGCUCGUGUAUACCAAGCAAAGUAAGAAACACUAGUGGCCUUUUAUUGAGGAUUGAUCGUGAUAUAUCUAUUUUAUUGGACUGUGCUGAAGGGACUUUGGGUCAACUUAUUCGAUUUUUCGGAAAAGAUGGCGUGGAUGAAGUAUUGAGAAGCAUUAAGGGGGUAUAUAUAUCACAUCUACAUGCAGAUCAUCAUUUAGGAGUUAUCAGUAUACUUCAGCGACGUCAGCGUAUUACAAAUGAUCCUCUCUUUUUAUUUGCACCAAAACAAAUUCACUCCUGGUUGCAAAUCUAUGACCUUAAAUUUGAAGAGAUCAGUCAAUCAUUUAAUCUAAUUCCGAAUCAAAAUUUGGUGAUAAAUUUACGAAAAAUCUCGGACGACAUACAAAAGAAUUUGCAAGAAAAAUUGAAAAUACAAGAAAUUAGUACUGUUGAAGUAAAUCACUGCCUUCAUUCAUUUGGAGUUGCGUUGACACUUGAAAGUGGGGAAAAAAUUGUUUAUAGCGGCGACACGCAGCCGUGCAAUUAUCUCGUGGACCUUGGUAGAGACUGUGAUCUCCUCAUUCACGAAGCUACUAUGGGAGAUGGUAUGGAAAAGGACGCCAAGACGAAGAUGCAUUCAACAAUUUCUCAAGCCAUAGAUAUCGGUAAAGAAAUGAAUGCAAAGUUCACUUUACUCACCCACUUUAGUCAAAGGUAUUCAAAAAUACCACGAUUACCGGAAGAUCCUAAUGGGAAAAAAUUAUCCAAUGUUGGAAUUGCAUUUGAUAAUAUGCAGGUUAGUUUUUCCGAAUUGUCAUUCUUACCUCUGUUUUAUCCAAUUCUACGGAUUUUAUUUCACGAAUCUGUAACGAAUCUUGAAGAAAAGGCCAUGAAACGCGAACAAAAAGGGAACUUAAUAAGUGGCAGAGUAUAACGAAGAGUAAUUGCCCCUCAAUUAGUUGGCAGACGCAUUUUCUGUUCUAUUUUGUCAACUGUGUAUAUUUUUUUCUCUUUCCAAUUGAAUUGUUUAUCGUCGAUGAUCUGUCAAACCCUCCUAUCACCCAGACGCUACUGUAAUAAUGAAAAAAUAUUUACAAAAACUCAAAAAGUGAGAAAAAUUUUUAAAUUUCAUUAUGUAUAUUGAUUUACAAUGUAUUUUUCUGAUAAUAUUUUUUAAACGUAAAAUAUAGAAGCGAAAAUUAUGUAUUUAAAUAAGCUUGAAAAUUGUAUUUAUGCUUAUGAACAUAUAUGCACAUAUUUGGUGAUAGAUGACUCAAUAUUUAGUCACAACAAUGGGAUGAUAAUUGUUCCUGCCUUAGAAAUAUUCAUUCAGUGUCAUGAUAAUAAUGAACAAGGACAUGUUCAAUCUAUUGUUAGAAAUAUAAAAAUUUUUUUAUCA